CUGUCGAACUGUCACUCUGACAGCAACAAAAUGUUUUUGUUAUUGUUAAACAUGGGCUAAAAGACAAAAAUCAGUACAAAAUCAUCAACACCGCAAUAAUGGAAGACACUUACCGAAAUAACAGCUUCGACCAAGCAAAAACGCUAGAAUGGAACUCCAACUCGACCUUUGGGAACUUAGAAGACAUAAAAAUGGAUUCAAACUUUGCUAUGUUGUUGUGCAGUUUGGUAUUUGCAGUGAUUUGGGUGAUUUACAUAACGUACUACAACUCCCGGCUGGUGGGUUUUGUGAUCACGAAGACCAUGAACCGGUUCUUCAUUGGAGAGGGCUAUUUCAAAAUUGGGUCGCUGUCGCUGAACGCUCUGUCUGGAAAGAUCAUGUUCAGGGAUGUGGUUUAUAUUACACAUGACUACACAAUUCGGGUGCAAGAUGGCUAUUUGAUCUUCCGGUGGUGGAGGUCCUAUGUUCCUAAAGACGUGAGCGAGGAUUUGUCGCACUCUGAUACGAGGCUGUCGGUGAUGUUGAAUGGGUUUGAGUUACAUGUGUACAAUAGAUCUCAGUUGUAUUCAAAUUUGGAGCGGACGUUUGGACUUCCAGCUAAUAUUAUACCUAACUAUGAUGUGAAGGCUAGUGAGAAUGUGACACAGUCAGAGAGUCAGAGCUCGGUGAGGAAACCGAGACCAGAGGCUGCCAUGGCGAGGACAUGGCGAGACUUGAUACCAGUCAUAAAAUGUGAUGUCUCUUCAAGCCGCCUCGUCUUCGGCAACCGCCUCGUCCCCACCACCCUCAGCAUAACCUUCGAAGAAUCCCACUUCGUCUACUCCACCAAACCCGCCGUCUGCACCCUCGACCGCUUCAUGCACUUCGUCAAAUGUAAAGCCGAGAACGUCCGCGUCAUGCUCGCCCCCAGCCUCAAAUACACAGGAAUGCUCGACGACCCCCCUCGUUACAUGGGCGAAGGGUUCGUCCUCAUGUCCACCAAUGACCUAGAACUGUACUUCUACAUGGACGAACCCGGCCUAGUCCCCGAGGAGCCCGUCCUGAUCACCCUCGCCAACGGCGACAUCGUCGAGUCCAGCCCGCCGCAAUGGGGCGUUGACAUCAAGUGCGGCAAAGGCACGGACUUCAGCUACGGACCGUGGGCCGACCGCCAGCGCGAGCACCUCUUCAAAUUCUUCUACCCCCAGGACUACGUGCCCAUGGAGGUGACCAAGAUGCCCAAACCCGGCGAAAAAAGACAGAUGCAGUCGUUCGACGUGCGGCUGGUGAUGCAGAACGACGCCACCAUAGAUAUACUCUUCACGAAGGAUAAGGAGACCAACGCGGUGCAUAUUAACGUGGGGGCCGGGAGCUACCUGGAGGUGACCCUGCCGUGGAUCACGCUCCAGGAGGGGUACGCGACGAAGAUCAACGGGCAGCUGCUUCACCUGGAGGCGACGACGAGUCUGCAGUUUAGGGACCUGGUGGAGAGCGAGACGCUGGAGUUUUGCCUGUUGUGCCAUUAUCCGCUCGUGUGGAACGACCAUCAGCUGUGGGAGAUCAACCUGACGGGUUGCAAGGCGACGGUGAAGCUGAUUUUUUCGCACAAGUGGUUCUUUCAAGACUUGAUUAACGAUUGGGCGUCGAAGCAGCUGCCGGAUUUGAUGCACUUCGUGCCGUAUACGUGGCGGUUCGGGCUGACGCUGAAGCACUGCGAGUUGAUCACUCUAGUCAAUCAGUAUAAUUGGAUAGAUUGUAGUAGCGUGGGCCAGAGGACGAGGUUGGAGAACACGCAGUUGGCGCUGUGUGCGCACUUUUUACAUUUGAGCUUCGAUUUGCCGUUCGAUGAGUUCUUGCCGGAGACGGUGCCGUUGAAUUUUAGCGUGCAGGGCGAAAGCAUCGACCUCAGCCUCUUCAUCCCCGAGUUCCACACCAGCCGCAACAUCGUCCAGUCGCUCGAAAAGUACGCAAAAGUCCUUUCAAAAGACGGCUCCACGACCAAAAAGACUGAAAUCAUACCAAAGUGGCGCAACGCGUGUCAGAACAGCGCCGGCUGGGUCGACUUCUGGUGGGUGCCGAUCGGCGCCAUCAACAUAGUCUACACCUACCACCCCUGCCCUCCCCUCGGCACCACCCCCCAAGCCGACAUCUCCACCCCCGUCAAAGAAGAAAUCCUCCUAUCCCCCAUGCGCUUCCCCCACCACCGCAAGAACCGCAAGCGCUCCCCAGAGGGCGUCCAGAAAUUCGACCCGAUGAGCCUCAAGGCCGACACCGUCUCCGUGGAGCUGGAGAUCGGGCCGUCGGUUCUCCUCUUGUACGGCACGGCGCUGAAGAACUUCAUGAACUUCAAGGAGAACAUCUUUGGGGAGGAUCAGUCGUUCACGGACAUGCAGCAGGCGAGUCAGGCGGAGAACGGGACCGGGGGCGACUUGAAGAGCGAGGACAGUUCGGCGAAUUUGCCGCUGGAGUUGAGGGAGGAUUUCGAUCAUAGGAAUUAUAGGCCGCUGGAGGUGGACGUGUCGAUUAUAGCGCACGAUAUUCAGGCGCAUUUGUUGAAGAAUUGCACGGAGAAGGAUCCGCCGUGUCCGAUUAUUUUGAUCGAGAGGUUCGGGUUUGAGAUGAAGAAGAGGUACGAUCAGACGGAGUUGCAGCUUCUGGUGAGUCCGUCGGUGCUGCUGGUGUCGGACAAUGUGAAUCGGUCGUCGAAGGAUAAGCACUUGAAUCAAGGGAAGCUUACUUUGUCGUCGCUGCAGGUCAGAGGCCACGCCAUGUUUUCGAACGUCGGCCAAUCCCUCGACCAAGACACCAUCGAGUACGCCUGGCUCGUCGAGGUCCAACUCGGCAAACUCAGCGGAAAACUAACCUCCCCUCAACUCUACUCCCUCCUCGCCUCCCUCGAAACCCUAAUCCUCCUACUAACAGACACAGAGAACGAACUCAACUCCACGAAAGAAGACGUCCUCCUCACACGACCCGUCACCACGAAAAAGAGCACCGUGUCUAGUCAAAACGUCCACGUCCAACAAGUCCAACAGGCCAUCCAGCAACUCCUGCAACCCAAAAGCACGUCGAACUCGUCCAAAAACAACCAGAGCAGCACGAACGCCCCCAAAACGGGCCAAAACCAGGGCAAAGCGGACAAGAAGAAGGCCGAGGAGGAGAAGAAAGGCUCGGUGCGGAGCACCGUUCCCCCUGAGGAGCACCCGGAUAAUAGGAAUGCUCACAAAUUGAAGUAUAAGCUGUGUAGGUUGGCGGUGGACGCCGUGGAUUUCUGGUUGGUGGAGAGCGGCGCCGCCUUACAGCUUUGGGUGUCUCCCAUUCGAUUGGCUAACUGCAAUUUACACGGAAAACAAGUGAGCUCUGGACUCAGCUGCAUCAUAUACAGUAUGUCCAUACGACAGAUGGUGUGGCAAACCCAAAAGUACAACCACAGCAAGUUGAAUUCAGACAAUAUGGACCUUUGGUUAGAAGUAGGUGCCAUAAACUUCGGACCCCUGAUAGUCGAAUCCGCAAUUUCCUCCGACGUCAAAGAGCAAGAUCUCCACGCAACCCAGCAAAAAUUUUUGAAAAUGCACGACGAAAGGUUCAAGAAACUCUGGUUUCUGUGGCCCGAGUUGAACAAAACCAUCGGGAAGUGCGGAUGCACGGGAGGUUGCACCUUCUUCGGGACGAACAAAAACGGGACUAGGUUUUUCAAACCCAGUCGCAAGGAUUUGGAGGAAGGACUCAACGUGGCAGCCUUCAGGAUCAACGAGCCCGGCAAGGAUCCAGGUUUCGGCCAGAGUAUCCUCCACGACGGCAUGCUGAUAUUCCGCACCCCGCCAUACAUAGUCCAGGAGAUCUCCCUCCAGGACACUCUUCGCAGAAAAACCCCAAGCCCCCGAAUCGGCCCUACCGAGAAAGACGAGGACUCGAAAGUCAGCCCUGUCAGUACGAACGAACGCAAAGUCAGCCGCCGCUUUUCCUCGACUUCCAUCCGGAGCUCGGUGAUGAAAGAAGUCCCCUAUGCACGACUGGUCGAAACUUGCCCCUCCAUGCUACCGUCGAAGCUGGACAGCGACUCCAAGCUUCACACGGAAGUCGGGAAAUUGUCAGUGACCAACGAACCCGAUCCCCUACCUAAAAACAGCAUAUCAGACUCGAAACUGGCAGUCGACUACUUCAACGCCCCCGUGAUCGACACGCACCCCGAGUCACCCCCACCUAAUGUGGCCAAGACGUCGGAAUCGCAUCACUCGCUUGGAGAAAGGAUAAGCUCGGACGAACGUCUCCAGAAGGAAGUGCAAAGGACGACGUCGAUGUCGAGCGAGAACCAAUCAGAGGCGUUCUUUUCGGCGGAUGAGGAUAUAAUCAACUCGAGGAGUUCGAGUUUGAGGAACUCGAUUUUGAGUGCGGGAGGGACGUUGACGAGGCAGGAUAGUAAUAGUGUGCCGCCGCAGAGAAAAAAGUUUUCGAGUGAGCUUAGUAUUGUUGCCGAUAGGCAAUAUAAAACGGUUGGUCCGAUUCAUGCUCCAGGUUCGGCUCCUGAGGCUAAUAGGUUGCGGUUGUCUUCGCAUAGGAGCGACCAUGAGAUACACACGCCCGAGCAUCGGAGCUUCGGCACGAAUCGACAGUUGGAAGAAAACCAGCGCACAGUCCAAGGCCUAGUCACCCCGCAACGACUCCCCAACGUCAACCGCUCCAUCAGCCCCAAAUUCAUCGCCGUCACGGGCACCGAGAGCGAGGACGCCGUCAGCGACAGCCUCGGCGACUCCUCCGACAGCUACAGCAGCACUUCCUACGUCUCGGCAGUAGGAAGCCAAGAAGAUUUCACCCUCGUCGACCUCCACAUGCAAGUGAACCGCCUCAUCAUCGACUCCCCCAUGCUGAUGUCCAGCUACGUCACCCACUUAAGCCAAAGCAAAUGCAGCAACUGGGGCGGCCAAUCCAAGAACUCCGACCAGUUCUCCGUACCCCUCUUCGAGAAAAACCCCGAAGGUAAACUAGUGUACGUGGGCGCGCGAUUCGUACCCAACAUGGAACUGUCAAGCGAGGGCAUCACGUCGUUGAAGAUGGUGUCCAAGUCGGACCCCGUCGUUAAUAAUAAGACACCCACGUCGCCUUUUAUCCACGUCUGGGACCAAGAGGACGUGGACGACCCGACGUCGUUCCAAGAGGAGGAGUUGUUGAGUAAUCAGACAGACGCGGGGUCUAGGACUCUGGUUAUUGUGAAACUCAAGGGUGACUUGGAUAUUAUGAUCAGCCCGCUGCUUCUAGAGUCAUUGCAACGCUUCGUAGACGCUUUGACUCCCACCGUGGCCAAUUUACACCCGCUCACUGUAGUCAACCACCUACACACAUCCUGCGUCAGUCAAGUCGAGUCCGCCAAUAUUUUAAAAACCACAGAAAAUAUAGCGAAGCUGUGUCAAACCCCUACUGGAGACGCUCCAGUCAGCGACGGCAUCUACGAAGAAACCGUCAAAACCCAGCUGCAAGCCGCCAUUUUCUUGCCAAAAGUCAACGUGACCUUGUUACAAGUGUCCAUAGUCGAGGAAAUCAUCUCCUUCUCUGCUCUAGACAACAUGAAGGACUUGACUUGUGUGUCUUUGUUUUCGGUUUGCUUCGACAACGUCACCGCGAAGCUCCACUGCGACAAGCAAGCCAGAGAGGUGUUACAAAGGUUCAAUCGACCCGCUGUCGUCCAAACCGGGAGCAAAAAGGGCGCAAACAAAGCCAAAAUCUUGCUGGGUUUGCAAACCAACACUAACGCGGACAUCAUCCAAGGCGAGCCUGUGUUUAUCGAAAGUUGUGAGAAACAGCAGCAGCAGCUCGUCGUUUGUCUGAACGUAGGUAAAGCGCAUGCGCAGUUGAGGCGACUGCGGAACGAAAGCUCGAUCUUGGACGACGCGAUCAUCACCGCCAUCCCGAACUACAAGUCCAAGGUUUUAUUCACGCCGGCCAAAGUGGGGCCACAGUACCGCGGGGUGGAGUACUAUUUGCAGCCCCCACCUAUUGAAAGUAGCGUGGUGCAAAGCGAAGAAGGCACCGAAGACAAACUCGGUUUCAUCAUGUUCGAGUGCGGCUUAGAAGGUGUGUCCUUGAAAAUCGUGAAGAAGUCGCAGUUCGAGCACGUGGAGUGUAAAUUGAACGUGAAGGACACGGUGGAAGAGUCGGUUAAGUCAGCCGAGGACGUCGAGUCCUCCGAACCGACUAAAUCCACGACGACGACUCCGAAGCUGAACGAGAAAAAGCAAGAAACGCACACGCCGAAGGAAGGCGGUGAUGCGGAAGCUCCGAAGAGCGACUGGGAAAACGUCAACGAUAAGGAGAAUACCGUCUUGGCUAAGGAUUCGGGGAAUGUGGCGUCGUGUAUUAUCGAGCUUAAGGUGGUUUGGUUCAAUUUUGCGGCACCUCCGAGGGCUCCGAUUACCCGGAAAAUCGACUAUACUAGGUUGGAUUGGAACCUUUUGAGUACGGCGUCGCCAGCGAUUAAUGCGUGGAUGAACCCGAGUAAUCGGUUGGCGAUUCGGGUGGUACAUAUGGUAAGGACUAUGUAUAGGAGGUCUACGGCGACGGUGGCGUGCCUUAUGGCGGAGGCGUUAGAGACGCAGAAGGCACACAUGCUGACUAAGAGUCGCUACGACAAGUUGACUCCCUUGGCCCAGACCCUCCAGGAAGACCCAAGUCUCCAACUAUGCUGCAUCCUCCAGCAGUACUACCUCGAGAUCGACCCUAGCUUCAUCGAGAACAACCUGCGCGAAUCCGAGCUGCCGCAGUUGUUCACUUUGAGGCAGGGCGUGGUCGUGCUAAGCCGCCAAUGGAAGAACAUCCUGUACACGCCCCUGCUGCCUCAGCACACUGGCAAGUCGAAAAUCAAACCGCUGAACGUGACGAUCGCGGUGCCCGAGGUGGAGGAGGUCUGUAUCACUGACGGAGAGGCCAGCGGUAACGAAGAUCACGAUAUAACCGACGAGCACGCACGCUUGCUCCAUUCGGGCAUCAUUUUAAAGCCGAACGCUCACAAAAACGUGGGGGUGUCGAGUAAGGAGAACAUUCCGAGUUACUUGGAGACGUCGGUGCACACGCCGCAAGUGGCGGUGGUGUCGGGAGGGGUCGAGAGCGUGCUGACUUCGCCGAGUCCGACAGUUCCCCACAGGAAACGAACAAAGAGCUUGCAGCCCACUCAGCAUCCGAAUAGUAGCAGGGCUAGCGUAGUCUUACCCUUACUAACUAACAACAACCCUUUUAAUCAAAAACGCAUCAAUGACGAUAGCAUAUGUUACGGGACGUUGCGCGAAGACUGCUUGAUCUACAACAUGGGGUCGGACCCCAGCGAGGUCUACAGCCACUCGAGUCCCGAACUACCGUCGAGUCCUCUACACAAGACCAUGGGACACACGCAUUCAUCAGAGGAUUUGUAUUCCUGGAUGGCGAAACAAGACACAGUCGGCUCGUUGAAAGGAUACAUGGAGUCCAAAAUUGACACGUUGCAGACCGAGUCGUCAGGCGACGCAGGCACUCUACCCAAAGAAAGCAUAACCGCCCCAGAGAUUUCUUUAUACCCGAUACACGACUCCGUCAGACUACUGGACGCCAAUCAGAUCUUCCAGCCGCUGCUAUCAGGGCUCGGAGUCAUGCCGCAACAACUACGAUUCACGACCAUGUCGGAUUCAAAUGCUGGUAAUGACGUGACCACGCUGGACGCCCUUGGCUCCAAUUUUUGUCUAGUCGGAAACAUGGAGACCAUGCACAUCGACAUCGUGGUGUCAGAACACGGCAAAACCGAGAAGAAGAAGGCCAAAACUAAAGGGAAGCGGUUGUAUAUCGAAGUUAACGCAAACGAAUCUCCGGCUUUUGUGUGCGAAAAGGUGUCCGUUGAGCUGGAAAUCGACCGAAUGACGGACAUGGCCGUAAAUGAAAUGAUGAAGACGAAGAACGUGCUUUACAUCUCGCGGGGUCAACUGAAGAAUCACACGAGCACGGUCAUUAACUUCACGAUUGGUGUCCGCUACAUCUCCCAGCGCGUCAACAUGCCCCUCCUCCGCCUUCUCCACCAAAUCACCAACAUGUACCAAAACGUCAAGGACACCCAAAACGAGCUACGCGAGCAACAACCCGUCGAAAUCCGCCGACCGAAAACGAGCGCCAGCGACCACAUCGACAUCAAGCACCACCACUCAUCCAUUUCAGACAUCCAAGAACCCCUCAUCGACACAUCCAAACAACUAAGCUUGAAGAUCUCCGACCCGGGAUCCGUCACCUCGCAACCUAAACCAGUAGUAUCCCCAUCACCCAGUCUGCGUUCGCGCCCCCAAAGCUUCGCCCAGAAGCUCCGUUCCACCGGGAAAAGCGUCAAAGGCUACGUCAAUCUCAACGAAGGAGUCGGCACACCCUUAACCAUGAGCAGCCCUUCAGGCUCCGCGCUGGACCACAUGACCGUGUCGUCGGACAAAAGCACAGGUCGGUGCUGGAAAACCAUCUACCAUCUGGUGGAUUUGUACGCAAACAUGCCCGACACGAAGACCAUCAAACACAGGUUUUCGGUGGGGACGUACGACAUUUCGGAGCACUAUAAGGGUAAUCGGAAGUACGAUCUUCUGACGGAGAUGAAGUCCAGUGAGGAGUUGGAUAAACCGGAGUCGACGCCCCCAGUUCCGACUAGUAAGGGGGCGGUUUCGAAAGAACACACGAAGUUGGUUGUGUUUGGGGUGGCGCGCAUACACCGGACACGACUUUUAGCGACGUUGUCGGGGUUGAAACUCGAGGCUGAGAUUACGAGUUUGCACUCGAGUUUCACGUGUCGGAAGAAGUCGACGCCUGCGAUGCUCGAAUGUUCGUUGACGGGGCAAAUCGGGCGCACUAUGAUUAAUUUGUUGGAGGGGGUGUCCCCGAAUCAGCAAACCGUGGUUAAGGUGACUAUUGGAAAGUCGCAGACGUUGUAUUCUAGUGUGAAGAAAAAGAGUAAGGAUAAGAAUUCGGGGUUGUUGACUGUGGGGGCGGUUAACAUCGACAUACCUCAGCACCCUGUCGCUUUGCACGGGAUGGUCACCAGAGGGAGCAAACAGUUGAGCUCGACCUUGCAGGAGUUGAGGGUCACCCGGACCGCGAGUCGGUUAUCUAGGGGGGUACAACCCGAAGAUGAGCAACAAAGUUCGCCGAAUCACCCGACUCGGAACGUACCAGUGUCGAGUACUUUCGCUAAGAGUGGUACUGAGGAGAAGAGUCUUCUGCAGCCACUAGUGAUGCAAUUUUCGGUCAUUUUGCAAAGUUUGAGCAUCACUGCGGCUUUGUUACCGUCGUUACAAGCUACCUAUAAAAUGGACAAGGUUAACAGUUCGGGGGUUACCGGUAGCAAAGCCAAGUUUACGGUUGAUUUACCCCACCAUUCGCUCAGUUUCAACACGAUCCUCCAAGGCUACUACGAAAAAGUCGAGGCUAAUUUACCAUCCGAGGCCAGUAUCGCUCUUCCGGCGGUCCACGUCUCCGCUGAAUACAUUCCAGAGAACGCCACCACCGUCCACAAGAACCCCGACGGCGUGGUGUUCCGUCAAGGCGGCUACAUCAGCGCGCAAGCCGACAUCGGGGUCUUCGAACACAGCCUCACCACCGACCUCCUCAACCACUUAGUUUUCGUCCAAAAAGUAUUCAUGAAAGAGGUGAACGAAGUCGUACAAAAGGUGUACGGAGGCGAACGCCCCGUCCCCAUCUGGCUGGAAGACACCGAAGACCCCUCCUCCCUCAACCGCCUCCUCUUCUCCCUAGUCAUCAGGAUUCGCCGCAUCCAACUCACCGCCACCACCGCCGGCAGCUCGGCCGUGCGCCUCGAAACUGGCGCAGUCGUGUUGGAACUAUCCAACCGCGUGCAAAACGUGUCCGGGUCGGCGCAAAGCAGCGCCACCGCGCGUCUCUUCGGGAAAGCGCAAGUCGACUUGAACCUGUCUUUAGGUCAGAUUAUUAGAAAUGCGGUGUUCGAGGAGGCCGAGAUCGAGUACCAGCCGGUGGCGUUCUUCAAUACGCGGAUCGGGUUGAGGAACGCCUUCCAGGACGAGAUCGUGGAAGGGGAGGAUAAGGAGGUGGUGCUGAUUACGUUGAAGCGGCCGCUGAUUUAUAUACAGCCGGUGGCGAUCGAUAAGGCGAUUUUGGUGUGGCUGAAUUACAAGAAUGCGUAUGAUUAUUGGAACGAGAAGAGGGCGAAUUUGAAUAAGGAGGUGUUGACGGCGACGCAGCAGGUGUAUGAGAAGUUUCAGUUCGGGCAGUUCACGAGUCAGUUGAGUGCGCCGCAUUUGGGGAUGCUGUUUUUGCAGCUGACGGUGGAGGAUAUGGGGAUUUGUUUGCCGUUGAAUCCGUUGCCGAUGGCGUGGAAUCAGAGGAAUGUGUAUGAGGAGAGUCGGGGCGCGGUGGUGGUGACGUUGGAGAAUACGAGUAUUUCAGCUUGUAGCUCCGGCUCACUCGUCAGCAAGGGUAAAUUCUCCAACCUCUGCCUACGCUUCGCAGAUGACUUCGAAACCUCCCUCGACGACUGGAAGCCCGACAUGACCGACUCCUCCAUAAUGAACUUGUGCGUGGUGAGCGACGGCACCUACGAAGUGUGCAGUCGCACCAUAGCCGCCAAGCAACCCAACGAAAACGCGAAAUGGUUCCUCAACGUCCAGUGGCAAAUGGAAGGCGUCGACAUCCACCUAGACACCAACGUGGGCAAGCAACUCUCCGCCUUGGGUCACACCCUCACCAUGCUCACCGGCGCCGAGGAAGCACCCUUCCCCGUCGACUACGACAGCGACGACAACGAACCCAUCGACGGCACCCGGGUCUCCCAAGAGAGCAUCCUCCCGCCUUUCAUGUUCGACCCGAAUCUGGACAACCGAAGCCGCUCCAAACUCAUGGAGAAAGAAAUGAACGAACAGGCGAAAAUAAUCAACGACUUGCGGACCCUGGGGGCCUCCCACGGCACGAUCGAGCUGGAAAUGAAGCGACUGCACGAACUCGAGACCAUCGUUUAUAAGGGUUUCAGACGGGAUAUGAUCCAGAAGUUGCGCAGGCAGAGCAUUAAGGCGCAGUCGAUUAAGGGUAAGUUCGGGUUGGGGUCGAAGAGCGCCUUCCGGUCCAAGUCGUUCAUGGUGCAGAGUCCGAUGAUGGAGCGCAAAGACAGUCCGGAUAAUCAAGGAGCUGCCACUGGGAAUUCUGGGAGCUUUGAGAGUUCGCCCAGAUCGGGACCAUCAAGGUCGGCUUCGUUGAGAGUGAGGAACAACGAAAUGGUGCCGAAGGUGACGUUCAGUGACUCUCGACAGGCGAGUUUGGCUAGUGCCAGCUCUGAGAUUAGUUUGCCUGAGGCGCAGCUCGACUGGGCUGAGUAUCUAGAUAUAGAUGGUGAGAAGAUCUUGCUGAGGAAGAAGUUUCCGACGAGUUGCGAGUCCGUGGAAGAAGGGAGUGGGUUGGAGCUAGCGCAUGACCAGGCAGCGACUUCGAGCCCGUUCCAAGGAGGGGGAGGUGCGGCUCAGCAGUCGUCAAUCGCGCAAAAAACCCAAGAACCGAACGUCGACUUGGAGUUGGACGUGAAGGUCUUCAUCAACAGCGGGAAGUGUGUUUUACACACCAAAGACCCGAGAGAAGACGAACUCAAAUUGAGUCGGAUGCGGAAGGAUCGUAGCUGUUCCGCCGGUCUCCUCGAGUUUCCGCCAACGAGCAGCCCCGAUCCCACCCGACGCAACAAAGACAAACUGCUCGGUCAGUCGAGCGCGUCUCGGUUAAGAUCGACCCCGCACGCCACUCUAGUCGACCUCACCAUAUUCCACAUCCCGGGAAUGGACGUCAAACUACACUACACGUCGAAAGUAGUCUGUGAAAACGAAACCCUAAUCCAAAGUCCCGACUUCGAGAAGGCCUUCAGUAGACCACACAGCAAAACGCGCCUGAGUUUCGACGAAUCCGAAGAAAACCGAAUCGAUAAAGCUUUCAAACGACAAGAGAGUCAACCAAUAGCGACUCCCGCACGCAACUACGAUAUUAAAAUGUCGAGCUCGAUGCACGGAAUCACCAACCCGAACUACGGUUGCAGCCCGACUUCGAGCAAAACGAGUUUGGACGAUUUGCAGUUCGGCGGGACUCCUACUCCCCCGCACGACAUUAAAACCGGGGGACCACCGGGUCAUCGCAGAGGCGGCGUUAAAAAAGCGUCGCUUUUCGCGUGGAUGACGCUACAAAGUGUCCCCGAGGAAACUAUAAUCAGUCCUCACAUAUUGGAGUUUCUGGAGCAAACCCUCGAGCCGAUCCCUGCCAAGACCAACUUCAGCACGACAGAUACCUCGAUCCUGCCGUCGGAUCAAGACAUCACCAACUACGGCAAUUACGUCUACGCGAGUUUCCCGGUUGACGUGAUCGUCUACUUCCACAUGCAACCGAGUACAUUCCGUUUUAGUUGUUUGCCGGUGUCGAGGGUCGAGUGUAUGCUUCAGCUGCCGUCUCUCGAUAUCGUGUUCAGUUCGAAGCGCGCCGAGGACGAACUUUUCUGCAGCGAAUUCGGGGACGGUGGGACGUCGCACGCCGCCGCCACCGCGGUGGGCGGUUUGAGCGUCACGGGGUGUCUUUCGGACUUCUCGGUGUACAUUUUUCAUCCGUAUGGGGGCAAGAAGUCGGCGCUUAAGGAAGCGCAGUGGUCGCCGCUGUCCGACAGCGAACGCAAAGACUCGCUUUCGAUUAACGUGGAAUUCGUGAAGUUCCACCUGUCGAGGUCUAGGAUGCUGAAUUUUAAGCAGGAAGGAGCGACGAAGGGGAAAGGGGGUGAUCAGAGCAGAGCAGUGAUCAGGUUUUCGACCAUAAUUGACAUCGGUUCAGCGUCUUUCAAGUACGACAUGCGCCGUCUGACUGAAAUUCUCGCAUUUCCGAAAGCCUGGUACCGGCGGUCGAUCGUCCGCAGAAUGUUCCUAGGUGACUUAAGUAUGUCCGCUGCGUAUAACGAAGAAGACGAGUCGAUGAUGAGCCAAGGUUCGCCCAAUUUGAAGAACCACGAAGCCCGGAAGAACGAGAAGUCGCCCCUUUUGAACAACAAGGAUCGACUGAAGCUGAGUUUGGACUCGGAUGUCAUCAGGCACAACAAAAUGAAGGAGCUGGGGCGGGCGUUCAGCGGCGACUCGAACAAGGAGGACACUCCGAGUCCUUCCGAGUUCAAGAAUUUGACGGCCUGGGAGACGCUGGUGCUCUUCGCGGUUAAUUUUAAGAAGUUGAAUGUUCAUAUGAAUAUGGGGAAUGUGAUGGGGAAUGUGUCGUGGAUGACGAAGGACUUCCGCAGCGACGGUCGACUGAGUAUCGGGUCCACUGGACACAAGAAUUUGUACAUAGCGCUAGGGUUAGGGGGGUCGAGUCUUGACGCUAAGGGUGGUAUUGUGGGCGGAAACAUCGAAAUUGCCAACAUUGACACAUUCAUCCAUAUACGUGAAGAACCGGAGGUUGAGCCUGACCACACCGUGGGUUUGCGGCUGCGCGCUCUCGAGCUCCGCCUUGACUACAUGGCCACCUCGGUCCUCAUGUGCCGCGUCAGCGACCUCAACGUCAACCUACGCGACGAGUGGAAACUCAAUCGGGCUAUGUCGCGCGACUCCAUCCCCACGCGCCGCCCCGCCUCCAUCUUCAUGCACGGUAAUCUCACCUGGGACCAGCUCCAGAUGAUGAUCUCCAAAUCCACCACGGCCGACCUCCUCAAGAUGUUCAACAAGCUGGAGGAGUUCUUCUCGCAGCAGUUCAACAGCAGCAAGAGGGCGUUCAGCGGCUUCGCCGGUUCGUCGCGGCCGCCGCGGGUCACCCCGCAGAAGAGCCGCGAGUUCACCACGCCCCCGACGAACACGACGGACGCCAGGCACCACAGGCACUGGCAGAAGGUCAUGGCGCACGUGGGGGGGCUCCAACUGAGCACGAUGGACAUGCCGCUGCCGCAGUUUGGGACGGUCCUAGGCGGCACGAUGGAGUUGUGCGGGAACAACAUCUCGCUGGCGUGCUUCCACGGGAUCAACUUCAAGAGCAAAUCGUGGGCGCUGUUUAGCUUGAGGGAGCCGUCGAUCACGUUCAACACGGAGGGGCAGGAGAUACCGUCGACGUCAGAAAACGCUCCAGCGCAGGAUGUGCACGUGGUGCAAACCCUCACGUGCAGUUUAGGUCUGAGUACUUACAAGACUCACUUGUCGAUGGCGACGGUGUGUAAAGUGAGCCGGAGUGUGAUCUUUCCACCACAGUUCAAGACAUUGCAGGAGUGGUUCCACUACGCCUUCGCUAAUAGUCAAAUUGACGAAGUCGACAAAUUCCCGUCCCUCGAGCGCGAAAAAGGCGACGGUAACAAUUCCAUCGACAGAGGGCGCGGCAGCGCCUCAAAACUAGCCGACCCCAACCACAACCGCGAAGUGAUUUUUGCCCUACCAAGUUUGCAGCUGCACUUAAAAACCGAACAUCUACAAACAGCGACCGUACCCGACCUCCUGGGGGAAAAACCCACCGUCGAGUGUAGCUUCAUCACCGAGUUCGAAGACCACAUCUUCGUGACGGUGGACGCCGAAGCCUUUUUCUUUCUACACGACUUGAUCACGUCGUACGUCAAGGAAAAAGAGAAGCUUGGGUUCAGUGAAAAACGUAGCGCUGCAGACGUCGCUGAAAAGUCCAAAUUGUCGGAAAACCCGACGAAAAAAGGUUCGAUCGACAUGGACAUUUUUGCGAAAGAUUGGAGGAACUACAAUUGCAAAACGUGGCAUUUGGAGCCCACGGUGAGGCUGCUGAGUGUCGCCGGGAAGUACAUAGAACCGUACGGUAUAGACUAUAUUUUACAAAAGUUGGGCUUCUCGCACGCCCGCACCACGAUUCCCAAGUGGAUGCAACGGGGCUUCAUGGAUCCGCUGGACGCCAUCCUGGCAGUGUUAACCCUCCGGAUGGUCCAGGUGGUGAAGGGAGACGGCAACAAAACCGACAAAGAAACCAAGGCUGUUGAAGGGAAAAAGUAGGUUAAGUUCAAUGUUAGUCAGUCAGUAGGAAAAUAAAGUGAUGGAGUAAUACAAAAAAACGUUUAUUGAAAUUUAGAUUAAUAAAACAUAAAUAAGCACUCUA